GCACAGCCUGUAUUUAACUUGCAGUUUCUCCCCCGCUUAUUCUAUGCAUGAACUCUCUCUCUCUCUCUUCUCAAAUCUCGAAGCUCUCUCUCCCUCUCUCUCUCCGUGCCUGCGAGCGUGAGUUUGUUUGUUCGUCCCUCUCCCUCUGUCCAUCCAUGGCGCUUCUGACCCACCGCUGGUUUUAGAGAGAGAGUCUCUCUCUCUCUCUGUAAGUGCGAGGGAGACGGUGUGCUCUGGAGAUCGCGGCAUUUAAUGAUGAGCAGGUCCUCGUGAAUCCCCCUCUCCUCCGCCGUUAACGGAAAAGGACCGAUCGGUACGGUUCUGGCGUUCGUUUAGCCCGUGCAUACGGCGACAGUUCCGGCGACGAGUCGGAGGAUGUUGACUUGCGUAGCCUGUUCGAAGCAGCAGCUCAACGGCAGCGGAUCUCAUUCGCUCCGCCCGGAAGAGGACGACGGCGAUGCCGUGGGGACGCCGAGCACCAAGCACGCCAUUCGGGCUCUCACGUCUCAGAUUAAAGACAUGGCUUUGAAGGCUUCAGGAGCAUACAAGAAUUGCAAGCCAUGUUCUGGAUCGAAUCGGAACCACAAUCAGGACUAUGCUGACUCUGAAACUGCCUCUGAUUCAGCUAGAUUGCACUGUUACUAUCGCAGAGCAGGUAGCUUGAACUCGACCCCUAGGUUGUGGGGUAAAGAAAUGGAAUCAAGGCUCAAGGGGCUUUCGAGUGGCGAGACUACGCCAGCAUCUGUGAGUGGCCGUACUGAGUCAGUUGUGUUUAUGGAGGAAGAUGAGCCUAAGGAGUGGGUUGCACAAGUGGAGCCUGGUGUUCUCAUCACUUUCGUUUCAUUACCUCAGGGAGGGAAUGAACUCAAGCGGAUUCGAUUCAGCCGGGAAAUGUUUAACAAAUGGCAAGCUCAGAGAUGGUGGACUGAGAACCGCGACAAAGUCAUGGAACUUUAUAAUGUUCAACACUUCAACUGCGAUGCGAUGCCACUUCCAACGCCUCCAAGGUCCGAAGAUGAGGGUACCAAGAACGUAUCUGCAAAGGAGAGCCCUGUGACUCCACCACUGAGUAAAGAAUGCCUACCUCGUAAUUAUCACCGGUCAAUCGGGAUGGGCUACUCAUCAUCGGAUUCACUUGAUCAUCGCCCGAUUCAAUCUCGUCAUUGCUACGACUCGGCUGCUCUUGCUUCAACCCCUAAUCUCUCCAGCAUCAGUGGGGUAAAAGCAGAGACAUCGUCUGUGGACGGUUCUAUUUCAUCUAGAGAGGCAGAUCACUCUGGAGAGCUUUCUGUCAGCAAUGCCAGUGAUAUGGAAACUGAAUGGGUCGAACAGGAUGAACCGGGAGUUUAUAUUACCAUCAGAGCUCUGCCAGGUGGCACCAGAGAGCUUAGACGAGUUCGUUUCAGCCGGGAGAAGUUCGGAGAAAUGCACGCUAGAUUAUGGUGGGAACAGAACCGAGCGAGGAUACAAGAACAGUACUUGUGACUUUAGAGAAGUACGAGAUGCGUGCUACUGAGAAAUUGAUGUGCCUUCCAGAGUCUGUUUAUAAGUAUAGCUUGGUAUAGCAUUCACCUUUAACUUUUUCUUCCAAUCUAGGUUGUUGUUAAAAUAUGUCUGUUUGAUCUAGAUAUGUGUCUUUUUCUUCCUUACGCAUCUUCGAGUAUAGACGUUUUGAGGUUCAAUGUCCGGGCAGAUUGGCAAGAGGUUCUGGGGAUUGAAGAAGAUAAUUGGGAAUGUUAAUUUAACUAUGCUGAUGUCAAUUACUAAAAUAAACUUCGGUGACGAUGAUAAUUUUACUUCUGACUUGAUUCUUGAACUGUAAAUGACAUAGCUACAAUCAUCGAAA